AUGGCGGACAGAUACUCGUUCUCUCUCACAACAUUCUCGCCAAGCGGCAAACUGGUUCAGAUCGCCACGAACGGCAUCGUUCUCGCCACGGAAAAGAAAUCGUCCUCCCCGCUCGCCGACCCCUCCUCGCUCGCCAAGAUCAGCCUCAUCACGCCCAACAUCGGCAUGGUGUACAGCGGCAUGGGGCCCGACUACCGGGUGCUGGUGGACCGGGCGCGCAAGGUAUCACACACCGGGUACAAGCGCAUCUACAACGAGUACCCGCCGACGCGGAUCCUGGUGCAGGACGUGGCGCGCGUCAUGCAGGAGGCCACCCAGUCCGGCGGCGUGCGGCCCUACGGCGUCAGCCUGCUGGUCGCCGGCUGGGACGAGGGCGUCUUGCCCGAGGAGGAGCUCGAGAAGGCCAAGGCCGAGAAGGCGGCCGCCGGCGCGGGGAAGGGAGGGGAGGAGGAGGGGCCCGGGGGCGAGGGCCCCAAGCUGAGUGAUAGGACUGGCGGUGUUUUGAAGGGCGGGCCUAUGCUGUACCAGGUCGAUCCCAGCGGGAGUUAUUUCCCCUGGAAGGCGACUGCGAUUGGCAAGAGCGCUACGACGGCGAAGACGUUCCUUGAGAAGAGGUACACAGAGGGGCUGGAGCUGGAGGAUGCGGUACACAUCGCGCUGCUGACGCUGAAGGAGACGAUUGAAGGAGAGAUGAAUGGGGAGACAAUUGAGAUUGGCAUCGUCGGCGCACCCGCAGACCACCUCCUCGGCGUAGAGGGCGUGGAGGGUGCGGUGGGACCCCGUUUCCGGAAGCUCACGCCGCAGGAGAUCGAGGACUACCUCACGAAUCUAUGA